GCAAAGAAAAUACUAUUCUUUAUCAAUAUUAGACAAUAAUCUAAUUAUGCUUUCCGUUACACAUUCUACAUAUGUACAAUUCUUAAACCAUAGAUGCAAAUAUGUAAAAUGUGAAACGAUUAAUCCGUUUCCUAAACGGAGAAUCACUGGGACAAGAAUGUUUACCAGUUUAAGCGGAUAUCCUCUUUGUAUAAAUCGCGUAUAAAAGGAGUUAUUCAAUCAUUUACCACCCAGUCCUCUGAAAGAUUCCGAGGAAAAAUGUCGCGCGGUGUAACUGACAUAUUGUAUCUUUAUGAUCGUCCGGCUGAGCCGGUCUUUGUCCCAAGAGGUGACAAUAAAGUUGCAUUCGAUGUACCAGCUAGUUACUUGACGGAUCACUAUCGCAGUAAUGCUGUCGAGAUCCUCUCACGUUUUGGGGAAGCUGAUGUCGAGAAGAUACCUAUAAAGGAGUUGACUAUUCCAUCUAUUGACUUUGCAAGUCAACUUGGUCGUAGAGAAAACUUCUCUCUCUUCAUACCGAAGCACAGACGCCUAGCAGGUCGUCUUGUUGAGAUUCUUUUGGGCAUGAGAACUUACGAAGAUUUCUUAUCAGCCUCUGUAUUCUGUCAUGAUCGUGUCAACCCUUACAUGUAUAUCUAUUGCUUGUCUGUUGCUAUUCUUCAUCGUAGUGACACACAGAAUCUACCAUUACCUACACUCUGUGAAGUCUUCCCUGACAAGUAUAUGGACAGUGCUGUCUUCGUUCAAGCGCGAGAUGAAGCUAAUAUUGUUCCUGCGGGUUCCAGGGUUCCGAUUGAAAUCCCACGGGACUAUACUGCAUCUGAUUUAGAUGAGGAACACAGAGUUGCCUAUUUCCGUGAAGACUUGGGUAUUAAUCUUCAUCACUGGCAUUGGCACUUGGUCUAUCCUUUCACUGGACCCCGUCAAGUAGUACGGAAAGAUCGUAGAGGAGAACUUCUCUAUUACAUGCAUCAGCAGAUAAUGGCACGUUAUAAUUGCGAGAGAUUCUGCAAUAAUCUCAGUCGUGUUAAGAAAUGGAACAAUUGGCGCGAGCCCAUACCGGAAGCGUAUUUCCCUAAAUUGGAUAGUCUUGUCGCUAGUAGAGCUUGGCCAGCACGACCAUCCAAUUCUGUCCUGAGGGAUGUAAAUCGUCCUGUAGAUGAGGUACAGUUUGACAUUCAGGACAUGGAAAGAUGGAGAGACCGUCUCUUUGAGGCCAUCCAAACGGGAGCUAUUCAAAAUGAUCGUGGUGAACGUGUGCAACUCACCGAAAUGGGCGGUAUUGAUGUUCUUGGAGAUAUUAUGGAAGCUUCAAUUCUUUCACCAAACAUGAAUCUAUAUGGCGAUCUGCAUAACUUUAUGCAUCUCGCUCUCUCAUAUAUUCAUGAUCCUGAUCACAGAUAUCUGGAAUCAUUCUCUCCAAUUGGUGAUCCUUCCACAGCAAUGAGGGAUCCUAUUUUCUAUCGUCUUCAUCAAUACGUUGAAGAAGUCUUCCAACAGCACAAGAGAACUCUGCCUUCUUAUUCACCACAACAGUUGAUGUAUUCCAAUGUUAAAGUAACAGCAAUCUCUAUCACGUCCAACAAUCAACCCAACAACACUCUGUCAACUUUUUGGCAGCAAAGCGAUGUCGACAUGUCCCGUGGUCUUGACUUCACACCAAGAGGAUCGGUUCUUGCGAGAUUCACUCAUCUGCAACAUGUUCCUUUUGUUUAUAAUAUUGAAGUUGAUAAUCAGAAUAACCAAAACAAAAUAGGUACGUGCAGAAUCUUUAUGGGUCCGAAAACCGACGAGCGUGGUUUGCCAAUGCCUUUCAGAGACCAGAAGAACUUCAUGAUUGAACUUGACAAGUUUACAGUCAAUCUGAAACCUGGAAAAAAUCAAAUACGUCGCAGAUCCGAUGAAUCCAAUAUUACAAUUCCAUUUGAGAGAACUUUCCGAAACUUGGAAGCUGGAAGGCCGACUGACAUUACACAGCUAGAUGAGUUCAAUUAUUGUGGCUGUGGAUGGCCACAGCAUAUGCUGAUUCCAAAGGGAACGAAGGAAGGAUUUCCUUCAGCAUUGUUUGUCAUGAUCUCCAACUUUGAUGAUGACAAGGUGGAACAGGACGUCCAAGGUCAAUGCGUCAAUGCAGCAAGUUACUGUGGCAUCAGAAACAAAAAAUAUCCUGAUGCAAGACCCAUGGGAUUCCCAUUCGAUCGUUGGCCAGGUGAUGAAGUUAAUACAUUAAGUCAAUUCCUCACGGAAAACAUGAGAACUGUGGACGUGACCAUUCGUCACACUAAUACUGUAUUGAAACGUUCCAUCGCAGUCAGUGAAAAUAAUGUUUAAUCCCAUCCGGAUAUUAAUUAUUCUGUCACAGGAGAUCAGAUUAUAUUGUAUUAUUACUAUAACUUUACCUAAAAUGUGAUAUUGGAUUACAACAUUAAAUAAAACAACAUUCUGUUUUACCGUAA